AUGGGCCCUGUCUCCCAGGUCAAGUCCUUGGCGGCCAAAGUCGAAAAAGACACAGACUCCCAAGAGGCUAGAGACAUAACGCCGCCUCCGACAUAUCCGGUUGAGGAUGCAUCGGCUCAGCAGCUCACCGCAUCACUUCGAAAGCUUGACCUCUCCCCAGAGAACACCUCGACGACCACAAUCGAACCGUCAAACGACGAGUGUAUUGCCCACUUGAAGUUUCUGACUGCCCUUACUAUCCUUCGUGAAGAUGUCUCGGAAUCUGACGAAUUAUUUGGUAUCCGUGAUGCCCAGGCUGAGAUCUUUCGUACCGAGAAGGAACGGGCAAUGACCAAGAUACGUGAAAAACGAUGGGCCGUGUACGUUGCAAGGGCCGUCGAUCGGUUCGAAAGUUGGUUCAACCUGCUACCCACCUCUGCGGUCGGGUCUGGUCAGGGUGGGAGCCUACGGAUGAAGGAUGUUGUCAAUGGGAAGCAAUUUGAAGCCUUGGUCGACGCUGGACAUGAGAAGCUCAUCUGGAAAGCCGAAUUCAUGCCUCCGCUCGACGUCUUGAUGGUCCUUCACAGCUUCAUGCUGAAUCCUCGCGACUUUCUCGAGGACUGUAUUCGCCAGAACAAAAUGAUGCUGUGGCACGCAGGCUUUCCUUGGAACGAGGUGAAUGCUUGCAUCGAUGCCGAAACCUUCCUAUACACACCCAAAGCAGAGUCCAUUGCCACGUUCGAAGCAGCUACAUCUCGAGCCUGGGAAAAUGUGCAUGACCCUCCAGCGAAGCAGAUACUCUGUCCAAGUUGCGGCUCGACUCUGAAUUGUUUCUGGACUGACAAUUACAUGGGAGCGACCAUUGAACGUGCAUUCGAAUUGGGUCGGGGUCUUGCAGAUAAGUGCUUUCACGUUGACUGCAGACCUUGUAGCCUCACCAUCACCCACGAAACUUUACGCCUGCUCAAGUUGCGUCGCGAUAUCGAAAGCUUGCAGAAGCUUGAUCUCCCUCUUCCAGGUACGAUCUUGUCUGUGAAAGGUACACUUAAAGCGGCUACAUCAGUCGCACCGAAGAAGGACGAUGUACUCUUUCCGAAUCGCCUCAUUCUCGCCGGUCUGGGGACAGAACUGAACUCCAUAACCUAUCCCCCAAGACUCAACAGUCAAAAAGUAACAGCUGUCCGUACCGCGAUCGAGAAAGCACUCAAGAGCCGCCAGCUCGUCUCUGAGGCCAAGAACUCAGGCUUCGCCUCUAGAAAGCUAGAGUUCGAUCAGAAGGUCUCCAUACGGCGCAUGAUGUCAAGGUACUGGGAGAAUUCGUCACCUUUCGCCCUCGAUCUGGUUGGCGCCGUUCUUCGCCAGGGUGUCUUCAUCGAUAAAAUGAAGAGCAUCGAUUGGAUCCACUCGCCUGCUCUCGAAUCCACCAUAACCCGUCUGCUCAAAAAGUACGCUGUCUUCUUCCAGAUCAUGGCCGAGAACCCUGGCAAGGUCGCCGUUCCGACAUUGGACAUUGAUCUUGCAUGGCACACGCACCAAUUGAACCCGCCGGCUUACUAUGCUUAUUCUUUGAAUGUUAUGGGUGACAACUUCAUCGACCACGAUGAUAAGAUCGACGAGAACAAACUCUCCGCCGCCUUUGAGUGGACCAGCAAACGCUAUCAGAAGCUCACCGGCGGUCAGAUCUACUCCGAAUGCACAUGCUGGUAUUGCGAAGCCGUCCGUGAGACCCACAACAACCAAUCCAUAUUCUCGUCUGCCGAGACGAGUACAGCCAAAUCCCGGGCUCUUCAACUUCACGACAGAGAUGACGUAUCUGGCGACCCAAGAAGGAGCCCGCACAUCAGCGCCCACAAUGCGGUACGUGAGCAGUCGUUGGUAGGUGCCAAAAUCGCCGCCAAACAGCAGAUGAAGUUGGACGCUGCCUACAUGAGAGCGGUAAAUAAAGCACGAGGCGCAGGCAAGAAACCUCCCACCAAGCACGACUAUGCAUUGACAUAUGUAUGGGGCUAUCCAAUGUACAUGCCCACGUAUGCUCCCUACACCGCGGAUCCUUGCAUCACUGGCACAAUGUAUUCAUCCAAUCCGAGCUGUAUAAAUACCAGCGUUGGUGCCAGCGGCAAUUGUGUCGCAGGUGCUUGUGGUGGUUCUGUAUCUUUUGGAGGAUGUGGUUCGGCAAGUGCUUGUGGUGGAGGCACAUCGGCGGGUGGUUGUGGAGGAAGCAGUGGAGGUAGCAGUGGAGGAAGCAGUGGAGGAAGCAGUGGAGGAGGCGGCGGCGGUUGUGGCGGAGGAGGAGGUGGCGGCGGCUAA